AUGACUUCAACAUCUUCCAUCGUUGUGACUUCAACAGAUCAACCAUUGGAGCUCAAAGACAGCAGCAGCAGCAGCGUAGCCGACUCCUGGCAAUCUGACAACGAGUUCUUAAACAACUUUGAUCUUCACAAGUACUCUGCAGAUGCAAGUAUGGAUAUGUUAUUUGAGGAAUUUUGUACUCAAAUCGACUCCUCUGACGAAAAGGAUGUCCAACCAGUGAAAGAAGCAUCGUCAGACCUCGCUCAGCCUUCUUCAUCUGGCGUACUUGAUUCAACUAUGAAAGUACCUUCGGACUUGUCGGCGGAAACCACUCCAAAACUCUCUAUUCCGACAUGCCCAGUAGCUACUGGGGUUGUCGACAAUGAGGGUGUUUGUGAAUCUGAGUCUCUCCCCAAUAUUUUGGAGGCUUCAGUCUCGAGAGUGUUAGAUGAGACUGCCUGCGAGUCAGAGUCUCUUUCGAAGGAUUCGGAAGAAUCAGAAGUGGCUGACGACGAGGCUAUCGUAUCCAAACCUUCCGAGGUAGAGACAGAGCAGUUGAAUACGACUAUAUCUGUACAGCAUCUACCAGAGCUUGUUGUCAUCGAUUUAACCGAAUCGAGUGGGGAGGAAUCAACCCCAUCAGUGACUCUUCGAAAGGUGCAAAAGGAUCAAAACCUGUCAUCCUCCAAAAGCUCGAUUACAUCAAGUAAGAAGCGUAAGCGUUGUGAGGCAUCUAAUUCAACUUCCACAUCUGAAAGUCAAGAUGAUCUAUCACCGACUGGUCGACGUACAAGACCAAAAACGUCAUUCCGCAAACACCUCAGCAAUGAGAAUGUAUUCUUGACUUCCUCGGUAGAAGAUAUUGAAGAGUUGCUUGAAGAGAAUGAACAAGAAAUGGCGUUGGUGGAAAGGAAGAGGGUACGAUUGAUUGCAUUGAAGAAGAAAUUUCUAGCUUGGGGUGCCCAUGACCAGAAGGUAACGAGAGAAUGGGAAGGAAUCGUGUAG